GCUCCAAGAACAGCUCCAAACCCAGCCCACAGUACCAUGCCUGUUGGGCCUAUGGCUGUCAAGCCGACAGGUGGCUUAUGUUUGCUUGGUGCUUAUGCAGACAGUGAUGAAGAAGAAAGUGAGAUGUCUGUGAAACCACAGUCUACAGGUGUAAAUAGCAAUAAUUCAACAGAUAUUGACAGCACCCUGGCAAACUUCCUGGCGGAAAUUGAUGCAAUAACAGCUCCUUCUCAGCCUCCUGAAACUGUUGCUUGCUCUGCGGCUCCACCUCCAACCCCUCCGCGCCCAGAGCCCAAGGAAUCUGUCACCAGUCAAAUUUUAUCUACUGCAAAUGGAACAGAUCAAGCAACAGAGUGGCAGUAUGACACUCAGUGCUCGCUGGUAGGAGUGGGAGUCGAGAUGGGAGACUGGCAGGAAGUUUGGGAUGAAAACACAGGCUGCUAUUAUUACUGGAAUACUCAAACCAAUGAGGUUACUUGGGAACUCCCCCAGGACCUGGCAACACAAGUUCAAGGUCUCCAGCCUUACCAGCACGGUUCUGUAACAGACGCUGAUGAAAACUAUCUGAUGGCUGCAGAUUUAAGCUCCCAGGGGAAAAGUAGUGGUGGCGGCGGCAGUGCUGGACGCAAGACAGCCCCUUUGAAGCGUGAGCUGAAGAAGGAAGUGAAUGAAGGUAUCCAAGCCCUUUCAAGCAGUGAAGAAGAGAAAAAGGGAGUGGCUGCGUCACUGCUGGCCCCAUUACUUUCUGAGGUGGUGAAGGAGGAAGAAGAGCGCUGGAGGAAGAAAGUUAUCUGUAAAGAAGAGCUGGAGCCCCUGAUGGAAGAGGAUGUGACGACAGAGCAAGCAGCAACUGUUGCCGAGCAACUGGAAAGCAACAGAGAUAUUGGGGAUGAUCCUUCGCAGGAGGAGUUGUGCAGUGUGGUGCAAUCAGAGGAAAGUGCGGAGGAGGAAGAAGAGCAGGACACCCUUGAGCUGGAGAUGGUCUUGGAAAGGAAGAAGGCAGAACUGCGAGCUUUGGAGGAAGGUGAUGGCAGUAUUUCAGGCUCAAGUCCACUUUCUGAGGGGAGUCAAUCGGAUCUAGCAAGGCGGUUACUACCAAAGCAAGGGAAAUGGAAAUUAUUUGGGGUGGCCAGCCCAGAAUCUACCAGCCGAGGGUCAAGCAAGACAGGACAGGAGAGUCCUGAACCUGGGGAAACAGUGGUGAAGGAAGUGUCAGAAGUUGCUGAUGAGAAUUCAGGCAGUGAACUGGACACAGAAGAAUUACAAGAAAAAGUGAAAACACAAGGGUCUGUCAAGGUGGAAGAUGAGGAGCAGGACUUAAGGUUUCAGAUUGGAGAGCUGGCCAACAUGUUGAUAAGCAAGCUUGAGUUCUUGGGCAUCAGUAGACAAUCCAUCUCUAACUUCCACAUGCUACUGUUGCAGACUGAGACUCGUAUUGCAGAUUGGCGGGAAGGAGCUCUCCAAGGAAACUACCUCAAACGCAAAUUGCAAGAUGCAGCUGAACAGCUAAAACAGUAUGAAAUAAACGCCGCCCCUAAAGGCUGGUCCUGCCACUGGGACAGGGACCAUAGGCGCUAUUUCUAUGUUAACGAGCAAACAGGCGAAUCCCAGUGGGAGUUCCCAGAUGGGGAAGAGGAAGAGGAGGGGCAAAACUUUGAGAAUAAAGCAGAAGCUCUUCCUAAACAAGGACUGAAGGAGAAAAUGGAUUCUGGUGUGGAAUCUGCUGAUCACACAACAGGUUCUCUUGGUAAAGAGUCUGGCCAAGCCGCAGCUGCCUCUCUUGUGCCUCUUAGUCCGUUCUGGACUGUGCUUCAGCCCUCUGUCCCUGUACUUCAACCCCCUUUGCCCUUGGAAAUGCCGCCCCCACCGCCCCCGCCCCCUGAGUCACCGCCUCCUCCACCGCCUCCACCGCCUGGAGAAGAUGGGGAAAUACAAGAAGUAGAAAUGGAGGAUGAGGGAGAUGAGGAGCCACCAGCCCCAGGAACAGAGGAAGAUGCUAUUCUGAAGCCUCCUCUCCGACCAACAGUUGCCAACAGUCAGAGCACCUCUGAGACCAGUAUAGCCCUACCUCUGUUGGAAAAAUCUCUAAAAAGGAAAGCCUCUGAAGUGAGUGUGGGCUUGGUGCAGCGAUCAGCAACUAUUGGAAGCUGUCCAGUGCUCUAUGGCCAGUCUGUCCUGGGUGCAGGCCCUCAAACUGCAGGGGUGAGCUUGCAGCAGAGUUACCUCGGAGUAACACAGCCAGCACUCAUGAGCUAUUCAGAGUGUAGUGUCUCCAUUGGACUUCCUGCCAGCACCACACAGCCAGUUCCUUCUCGAGGGGCCCCACCUGCCACUAGCAUGGCAGAGCAGCUGCCACCACCGCCACCACCACCCCCUCCUCUCUCACCACCUCCACAUGUUCCCAAAACACUUCCCCCAGAAAAGUCAAAAAAGCUCAGGAAAGUUGGCAAGAGAAAAAAGGUCAAGACAAAGAUGCCGUCUUUAGUAAAGAAGUGGCAGAGCAUUCAGCGGGAGCUAGAUGAGGAGGAGAACUCUAGUUCCAGUGAUGAGGGUCGGGACGUGAUGUCGCAAAAGCGAAUUGAGGAAUGGAAACAACAGCAGUUAAUCAGUGGCAUGGCGGAGAGGAAUGCUAAUUUUGAGGCGUUGCCUGAGGACUGGCGAGCUCGGCUCAAGAGGAGGAAAGUCACUUCAAGCACAUAAAUGAUCUUUCCCCAUUUUUUAAAGCCACACAUGUACAGUUCAUAUCAAAAUGUUUUACUGUUGUAAGAUAAACCUUUUAGAAGAGAGAUGCAUUUCAGCUGAAUGAUAUGGCUGUGAUCACAUGGACUUGGAAAUCCUUUUGGAGGUGUUUAUGGCAAGUAGACCUCUGAAAUAAUGUGUAGGCUGGCCACUCCUGUCUUAAAAGGCUCCUACAAAUCCCACCUCAAACAAAGCUGGAAUACUGUUCUGUCCAGUUCCCUGGUAGAACUGGUACUAAGAACUGAUUCAUGCACUCUGUGGAGUCGGAACUGGAUUCAGUUAUUUCCACUCUUCCUUGCUAAGCUAAAAAGUGUUUAGUCUAACUCUUGUUUGCAAAACGUCCAGCUAUAAUUGCCAUUUGCAAUGUCUGCAGGCUGUUGUUACAGAAUGGGCAAAUGAAGGAUGCAUAUUCUUUUCAAAUAGCUGCAGAAUGUGUUCAGUUCCUGAUUUUUGCCAGCACCUUGGUUUUGGGCAACAUUGUUCUUUGUUGAUGAUUGUUGACUCAGACUCGUGUUCCUGUCAUUAUCUGUAUCAGUCCUGUUUUCCUUGAGCAUUUCCACUUUGGCACUGUAACAUGCUAAUAGUUCCACUGAUUUGGCUGCAGCCUAGUGGCCAGCCAGGUAGGCAGGAAUUCAGUAUGAAUCCUACCACUCCUGAGUCCUGACUGAAAGGGAGACUGUCCUCCUGCCUUUUCUGGUGAGCAUGGUGAGGCAGUGGCAUGGGCGACUGUAAAUGUGCAGUUGCUGACUCCUCUACCGUACCAGAGGCUGCUGUAAUGAACAUGCAGCCUGUACCGGAUGCUGGCCAGCCAGCAGACAUCCCAUCUACACAGUUUUUGCCCUGGCCGUCUUGUCUUGCCCCCACCAGGGAAGGCGGCACCCUGUCCUUUCUGGUCACUCUUCUGACAUUCUACCCAACCUCUCAAACCAUUAUUUAGAAGCUACUACUAGUGAAGAGGGAGAAUAAACUUGUCUAAGUCCAGGUCCCCCCCCCCCCCAU